CACCGAAGGUCGUGAAGUCAUUUUUUCUUCUUGCAACCUCUUCUUCUUCUUCUCUGGCUCAUUUGGGUUUUUGAUUAUACAGACGCGACCAGACCAGAAUAUAUGGCGGUAGUAGGAUCACAGUCGCGGCGAGCAGAGAUGAAUUGGGCGACGAUAUGCUGCUCAGCCUUCUCCUGUCUCCAGCUCUACUGGGCACGUCUUGUCAUUCGCAAAUGGCUCAACGUUUCUUCCUUUGAUUCCGAUUAUAGCGCCGAUACUGACGACGACAGACUCUCCCUUUCCGGCAGCCAAGAUUUUGAUCCACGUAGCUCUGGUGCCACCAAAGAUGAUGAUGAUACUGAUGAUUGUCCGAAGCUUAGAAGACGCAAUUCAGAAACUUUCAGGGUUCAGUAUAUUGACACACAAGCAGUCAGAAUCUGUGCCGGGACAUGGAAUGUUGGAGGAAGAGUUCCACCUGCUGACUUGGAUAUCGAUGGUUGGCUUGACACUCUUGAACCUGCCGACAUUUAUGUUCUUGGUCUUCAGGAAAUCGUUCCCUUAAAUGCUGGAAACAUUUUUGGUAUUGAGGAUGCCCAGCCUGCUUCUGAAUGGGAGAACAUCAUACGUGAUGCUUUAGACCGAGUUCGACCUAGAAAGCCCAAGAUUCUAUGUCACAGUGAUCCUCCCUCUCCCUCAAUGUUUAAGCCAUACAAAGAGGUCUCUCACAACGUACACGAUAUCGUAAGUGAAGAAUCACUUACUAACAUAGAAGUUUUGGAUUCCACCAAUGACAACGCAUCACCAUCAAUGCAAAUUAAUAGUGAUUCCCAAAGGGAUGAAAGGUUUAGUUACAAUGAAAGAGUUGGUCUGAGCUGGCCAGAACCUCCUUUAAAGCUGCUCAAUCAAUAUGUCUUGGAAAGACGUGGUGGUGCCUUCAAGUCACUGAAUCUGAGAAAACCAGCGUAUGUAAGGAUCGUGAGCAAACAGAUGGUCGGAGUGUUUCUCACCGUCUGGGUUCGGAGGAGCUUGCGCAAGCACAUAAGCAACCUUAGUGUGUCCACUGUUGGUGUUGGUAUUAUGGGAUACAUUGGUAACAAGGGAUCUGUAUCUGUGAGCAUGUCAAUCUAUCAUACACCGUUUUGUUUCCUGUGCUCACAUCUGUCAUCAGGGGAAAAGGAUACAGAUCACCAGAAAAGAAACGAUGAUGUACGUGAAAUUCACAGAAGAACGCUGUUUCAUCCCCAUUCUUCAAGUGCCAGUGUUCUUCCAAGAAGCAUCCGUGAUCAUGAAAGAGUAAUCUGGCUGGGAGAUCUGAACUAUCGGAUUAACUUGUCGUAUGAGAAGACACACGAGCUUAUUGCAAGAAAGGAAUGGCAGAGGUUACUUGAGAAUGACCAGCUUUCAAACGAAAUGAGAAAAGGCAAUGUAUUCGAAGGAUGGUCAGAGGGGGUUUUAUGUUUUCCACCGACAUACAAAUACGAAAUUGACUCAGAAAACUACAUUGGAGAUGACCCGGAAUCAGGAAAACGUAGACCGGCCUGGUGUGACCGCAUCAUUUGGAAAGGGAAGGGAAUGAAGCUUCUUAGUUACAGAAGGAAUGAGAUUAAGCUAUCGGAUCACCGGCCUGUCACAGCCACGUUUUUGGCCGAGGUUGAGGUUUUGUCUCCAUGGAAACUGCAGCGUGCCCUUGCACUCACUUAUGCCGAGAUCCAAAGCCAGUAAGCUUGUAAGGUCGCCUAAAAACCCUCUAAGGUCAGAUCAAAUUUGUACAAACUCCCUCUUCUGUAAGAGGACACCACAUUAUUAUUUGCAGUUUGUGUAUUAUCAUUAGAGGAAUGUAUAAUAGUGUGCAGGCGAGAAAUACAGAUAAUAUUUGAAGAUAAGAAGACCGCAUUUCAUGUAGAUAUAUUUCAUUUUGCUUCACCUUCA